UCCCCAGAGACAGCACCUGGGACCACAGCUCUCUCCUCACCCUGCUUGGACCCUGCCACAGAUUGCUGGGACCAUUUGGGCUUUCGGGACCUUGGACCAGGCCCUGGCCCAGUAGGAUGCCCCCGUGUCCUCCCCAGCAGAGCAGGAACAGGGUGACACAGUUGCCCACUCUGGAGCUGGGUGAGAUGGAAUUGACUUGGCAAGAGAUCAUGUCCAUCACUGAGCUGCAGGGCCUAAACGCUCCAAGUGAGCCAUCCUUCGAGCCCCCAGCCCCAUACCCUGGGCCCCCGCCGCCUCCAAGUUACUGCCCCUGCUCAAUCCACCCGGAGGCUGGCUUUCCCCUUUCUUCACCAACUUAUGAGCUCCCAGCACCCACAUCUCAUGUCCCAGACCCCCCAUACUCCUAUGGCAACAUGACUGUACCAGCCUCCAAGCCACUGACCCUCUCGGGCCUGCUCAGUGACCCCCUCCCAGACCCCUUGGCCCUCCUGGACAUUGGGUUGUCAGCGGGGCCAUCCAAGCCCCAAGAAGACCCAGAAUCCGACUCAGGAUUAUCCCUCAACUAUAGUGACGCUGAAUCUCUUGAGCUGGAGGGGACAGAGGCUGGUCGGCGUCGCAGCGAGUACGUAGAGAUGUACCCAGUGGAGUACCCCUACUCACUAAUGCCCAGCUCCUUGGCCCACCCCAACUAUGCCUUGCCACCUGCCGAGACCCCCUUAGUCUUAGAGCCCUCCUCGGGCCCCGUGCGGGCCAAGCCCACUGCACGGGGGGAGGCGGGGAGUCGGGAUGAGCGUCGGGCCCUGGCCAUGAAGAUCCCCUUCCCUACGGACAAGAUCGUCAACUUGCCAGUAGAUGACUUCAACGAGCUGUUGGCGCGGUACCCGCUGACGGAGAGCCAGCUGGCACUAGUCCGGGACAUCCGAAGGCGGGGCAAGAACAAGGUGGCCGCCCAGAACUGUCGCAAGAGAAAGCUGGAGACCAUCGUGCAGCUGGAGAGGGAACUGGAGCGGCUGGGCAGUGAGCGGGAGCGGCUCCUCCGGGCCCGAGGCGAGGCCGACCGGACCCUGGAGGUCACGCGCCAACAGCUGACGGAGCUGUAUCGUGACAUUUUCCAGCAUCUGCGGGAUGAGGCAGGCAACAGCUACUCCCCUGAAGAGUAUGCGCUGCACCAGGCUGCUGAUGGGGCCGUCUUCCUGGUGCCCCGGGGGACCAAGAUGGAGGCCACAGACUGAGCUGGCCGGAGGGGUGGGACUGGUGAUGGAGGUUUCCUUCAUUCUCUUCUGAUAAAGGUACUCCCCAACCGUGAGGCCCAGAAGAAGCUGAGUUCUGUAGACCAGGAGGGACCACAGUGGGAAACCUGGCAUUUAGAAGGUCCAAGGUGUGUUCAGUGAGGCUUGCCUGGA